ACAGCAUCUUUUGUUUCUUGUUUUUUGGACUUGUGACAGCCUUUUAUUAUCGUGAGCGUUUUGGGCUCCUCGCCUUUUUGAGUGGGUUGGCAGUUUGUCUCGGAGCGCUAAAAUGGGGGAUCUGGGGUGUCGCAUGAUAGCUAAGUCACUGAUUCCAGUCAAUGACGACUUCUAAUAAGGUUUUCCUUCCUCACCGAAAUGCCCUGUUGAAUUGGAGCAGAUGUCCGUAGAAUUGAUUGUGGUUGGCUUCCAAGCAUUUAGCCACCACUCCUCAAGAGGAACUCUAGUUCGCAAGGGGCAGCAUACUAUGCCACAGCCAUUAGCCACAGUUGUCCGAGAACCCACAGGGACAUUGCAAUGUAAUGGCAGUCCAGCAACAUUUGUGAUGCCUAAGACCACCAUGGCUUUACCAGUGGAAAAACACAAACCUAGAAGUCCAAAUUAUAGGAAGAAAAACAAGUACAGGUUAAAAAGUCACAGUCCUUCAUACUGCGACGAAUCUCUGUUUGGCCCACUUCUGGAACCUCCAUCUUGGGAAGCACCCUGGUCAAAGAAGGAAGAUACUUUUAAGGUGCGACCACUGCUUUGGUAUCCUCCCAUGCUGGCAUCUUGUUCUGAAGAGCCAUCUCCUACGGCACACACAAGAGGAACCAAUAAGAGAAAUGGCCACUUCUCACAACGGUUGGAGAGUGCUGAGGAUAACCGACCUUCAACAGCAGGCUUAAAUGGGUACACGGAGAGAAAAUGGCGAGCAGCAUCAGCAGCUGGUGGCUUAGAAAGCACACGUUCUAAUGUCCUGCCUGGAAGUGCAAGCCUGAGUGAGGACAACAGGAGGCCCAGGACUGUUAGCUCUGUGAAUGUUAAACCUCAUUGGAGGUAUUGAACUCCCAACAACUGCAUUGUGUUCAAGUAUACAGAAAAGAAAGACAACCCUUGUAAAUGGCGAGCAAUCAAACUUUAAAUUCACCCAAGAGUUUUUGUCUCUGUUCACCAUCGUUUAAGGUUUGGAUGUACAGGGAAUUGCUGUUUUUUGUGCCUUUCAUUUCUUCCUCUUAAUGGUUGUCACUUGUUUGUAGUGUUGUGGAUGUUUCAAAGUCUCCUUUUAUUCUGUGCUAUCAAAUCAAUGAAAUUCUUACCAAAGAUCCCAAUGUUUUAUAUUUUGGCCACACAACCGUAAUGUAUAAAUGAGUGAGCGUCAAAAAUUAGGUGGCGCUGGACAUGCACAGUCUAAUUCUACACUGUAGCUGCUGUUGUUGGAUCACAAUCAAAACUCUGAGUCAAACUCCGAAAGAUCAGUUAUCCAGUCCAUUACAAGCUGAAUUACCAUGCUGCUCUUUGUCUAGUGUAUCAUUCUGGUUUAAUUUAAAAAUAAAUACAGAUUUGUA